AUGCCAGAUUACACAACUUUGUUUUCCAAGUUUUAUGUGUGUUUCAAAGCUGUAAGGGAUGGUUGGUUAAAAGGGUGCAGGCCUGUAAUUGGGCUUGAUGGUUACUUUUUAAAGGGUAUAGUUAGAGGAGAAGUUCUUUCAGCUGUUGGGAGAGAUGCAAACAACCACAUCUACCCUUUAGCAUGGGCUGUGGUAUGUGUUGAGAAUAAAGAAACAUGGAAGUGGUUCAUAGAUUUACUUAUGGAUGACAUUAAUGGUGGUCUUGGUGCAUACAUUACCCUUCUUUCUGAUGGACACAAGAGGUUAUUACAAGCAGUUAAGGAAAGAUGUCCAGAAGCUAAACAUAGGCAAUAUGCUAGACACAUUGUGGCUAAUUUUAAUAAAAGGUUUACCGGUCAAGCAUACUUAAAGUUAUUUUGGAGGGUUGUAAGGGCUAGUACUGUGGAGAAGUUUAGAGGUGUAAUGGAGCAUAUCAAAUCUAUUGAUAUUCAUGCUUAUGAUUACCUUAUAGACAGAGAUCCUACUACCUGGUCUAAGGCAUUCUUUCAAGAAGGAAGAGAUUGUGAUGCUGUGGAGAAUGGGGUUAGUGAGAGUUUCAAUUCUGCUAUUAGGCAUGCUAGAAGGAGACCUAUAAUCACUAUGCUGGAGGAGAUUAGGUUAUUUGUGAUGGAAAGGAUAUACACUCAGGGAGUUGAAGGAAUGGAAUGGGAUUUGCUUAUAUGCCCAACUAUUAGGAAGCGUAUAGAAGAGCUGAAGGUUAAACAGAGAUUGUGGGGAGUUACUCCUUGUGGUUAUCAAAAGUAUGAGGUUAGAUUCACUGAUGUUGCAUAUGGAGUGGAUAUAAUUGCAAAUAAGUGUGCCUGUAGAAUAUGGCAACUUACAGGGAUACCAUGCUUACAUGGAGUGGCAGCAAUCUCUUACUUAAAUCAUGAUGCAGAGACAUAUCCAGAUGUUCCAUACCAUAAGCCUUUGCCUCCCAAAAUAAGAAGAUUACCUGGUAGGCCAUCAGUGAAAAGGAAGAGGGAUGCAAUUGAACGAGAGUUAACUAGACCAAGUAGACAAACUGUCUCAAGAAGGGGAAGCAUGAUAAAGUAUGGUAUUUGUAAGGAACCAGGUCACAACAAGAAAAAGUGUCCAUCUAACCAGCAAAGCAAUACAUCAGUACCAAGUUCAUCCAGGGGCAGUGGAGCAGACCCAAGUUUAUCCAGGGGCAAUGAAGGACCACCACCUACAACCCAACCACCUCCUCCACCACCACCUGCAGCCCAACCACCACCACCACCACCACUGUAG